GUAAUGGAGACUCACCUAAGGGCAGAGAAUGUCAAAGUGCUGAUAACCUGGGAUUCACUUCUCUUGGGGGCUGGAGGGCACAAACCCCAUUCUGUUUGUUUUUCAUGAAUGAAUUUUUCUUAAUUUUUCCACUGAAAAUAAAAAUUAAGUUUAUUUACAUGUCUGCAUUCAAAACAAAGGAUUUUGACCCCUGGGCUAGAGGUGGAGGAUUUCUGGGGAGGUUCUCUGGGCUGAGUCCUCCUUUUCCAUUCCUCUGCUCAGACCACCCAGGCGAGCCACCUCUCAGCGCCAAUGUCCCCACUGGGGUUUUUCCCAUCCUCGGCACCUUCACCUGUCAGGCCUAGAGGAGAGAAAGAGGCAACCACUAGGGCUGUCUGAAGUGACAAAGCUUCAGGUUGGACUUGAAUUUCUUGCAGCUAGGCUAAUUGGUGCGCUGAUGCAUCCACCUAUAAAAAUUAGAGUGGUUUACGCAGGGUCAGUGCAUCUGUUGGCAGCAGUGGAAGGGAGGAGAGCUCUUCUCAGCGGGUUCCAGCAAACUGGGGCUCAGAGGACCAGCCUCUCUCACUGUUUCCUGAGCUUGAUUCUUCUCAGCCAUCACCUCCCCACUGCCCUAUGGCGGCUGACGCGGGCCUCUCCUUCAUGUACCGCUGGUUCAAGAACUGCAAUCUGGUCCGCAACCUCUCGGACAAGCCUCUGGGCCCUAGUGAACAAUGCUGGUGUGGGCCUGCCCGGUGGCCCCAAUGAAUGGCUGACCAAAGAGGACUUUGUGAAGGUGAUCAACGUGAACCUGGUGGGACUGAUCGAUGUGACUCUCCAUAUGCUGCCCAUGGUCAAGAAAGCCCGGGGCAGGGUCAUCAAUGUGUCCAGCUCUGGUGGUCGUGUGGCUGUCAUUGGUGGCGGCUACUGUGUCUCCAAGUUUGGCGUCGAGGCCUUCUCUGACAGCAUCAGGCGUGAGCUCCACUACUUCGGGGUGAAAGUCUGCAUCAUUGAGCCGGGGAACUACCGGACAUCCAUUCUGGGCAAGGAGGGCCUGGAGGGGCACGUGCGCAAGCUAUGGAAGCGCCUGCCCCAGGAGACGCGCGAGAGCUAUGGCGAGGAGUACUUCCGUAACUAUAUUGCCAAGGUAAGAAACAUGGUGCAGUCGGCAGAGCCAAGGAUCAGAGAAGUCACCAACAGCAUGGAACAUGCGAUUGUCUCCCGGAGCCCUCGCAUCCGCUACAACCCUGGCCUGGAUGCCAAACUCCUCUACCUUCCCUUGGCUAAGUUGCCCACCCCUGUGACAGACUUCAUCCUGAGCCGGUACCUUCCAAGGCCAGCAGACAGCGUCUGAGCAGGGGAAGCCCAAGGGGUGGUCAGUGGAGUAUAGAGGAGGGAGCGGAGUAUAGUGGAGGGGGAGAGAAGGCACUGUUGGGUCACAGAAGUUGUACCAGAUGUUCUUGGGGGACGCUCUGCUUGGCUGACACCCUACUCACUGCUGGUGAAUUUCUGGGUAACUUCUAACAGAAGAUGAAUGCCUCGUUCCACUCACUGGGGCCUCACGGAAACUUGAGGUGGUCUUUGCAGGUUCAAAGACCUGAAGCGUGGCCCCAAGAGCAUCUGUCACCCUGUUAGUUACGGCUUUCUCCAGACCUGGAAAAGUCAAGGAGAGGAAAACUAGCUCCUGCUGGACCAUGAGCCUCUCUCCAUUGUCACCGCCACUGGGAACCUUGGUGGGGUAAUCCACCCCAGGAGAACUGAACCACUUUUCUGUUGUGUCUCCAAAUAUGCAUUAACCUCAUUCACAUAACCCAUUAUUUGAAGUAUGCAGAAAACGGAGUGCAAGAUUAUAUCAGGCAAAAGUUUAUAAUUGUAUUUUCUCUCUCUUUUAUGGAUUUCUCUAUCCAUAGGUGAUUGGAAUUCACAUGAAAUAACAUUCAUUUAUUUAAUCAUCAUUGAUUAAUUCUUCAAGUAUUUGAUGAGUGCCUGGUACACACCAGGUAUUGUGUAGGUGCUGGAAGGAUAUAAAGAUGAUUGAAUCAUGGUCUUGGUUUUUUACUCUUUAUUUUGUGGUUUUGUUUUUGUUUAUUAGCACAAUAUCUAGUAGCAGAGAUAAGGCAGUGAUAGAAGAAACAGAGAUCAGAAAAAAAUAAAAUUUUAAGAGCUGUGAGGAACCAUGGAUAUUAUCUAAUUCAGCAGUUCCCAAAUUUGGCCAUCUAUCAUAAUCAUCUGGUUAAUUAAAACACAGAUUCCUGGGCCUCGGUGUUAGAAAAUCUGAUACAUUAGGCUUGGGAUAGGGCCCAGAAAUCUGGAUUAGUGACAACAACCUAGAUGGUUCUGAGGCAUCUGGGCACCUGGGAACUGCUGACCGUUCCACAGAAGCCAGCUCAGAGGAAGAAGUGAGUUACCUGAGGCUCCCCAGUGUAGCGGCCAUGGCAGAGCUCAGGUGGUCAGACUCUCAGACUAAGGCUUUAGUUGUAGGGGGAGAAAUUUCUGAAAUUAGUAACAUUGUGAAAUAAAUCAUGAACUAAAUUGUUUUUUUCCAACCCACAAACUUCUGAGCCAUAUAAAGUUCUAUUGAAAAGACUUUUUUGAUUUUGAGAAAUGGUCAAAUGUGAAUUUUUUAAAUUAAAAUGUCUUUAAUUUGUAUCUCUCAACAUUCAGUUGAGCUUGAAAAUAAUAACAUGUAACUUAUUUACAGCUACAAAAGACCCCUUUUCCAAAUAAGGUAACAGUCAUAGAUUCCAAGGAUUAGGACGUGGACUUCCCUUUUGGGGGCCACCAAACAACCCCACUAAGUCUGUUGUUAUUUGCAUCACUUCUAUCCCUGGCACCAAAUUUUGUGUCGGGUAGGAUGCACUGAGCAGCAAGCAACAGAAAAUCAAUUCACAUUGGCUUAAACAACAAAGAAAGAGUUGGGGUAGGACCCCAUAGCUGAAUGAGAACUACAUCAGCUUUCCAUUUCUUUGCUCUGCUAUUCAUAGUUUAGUCUUUAUCCUAAAUUCACCACCUUUGUUGUUGUGGCAUGACUGCCAGUGGCAAUGGGAACUCUGUGUUUCCUCAUUCACAACUCAUAGGAGAAGAAAGAACCUAUCUUUCCAUGACAGUAAAGAUUGAAGAAGUUUCUUUCCCAGAGCCCUCACCAAGGCUUUCCUUGAAUCUCAUUGACCCAAAUUGGCUUAGGUUUGUCCACCCAUGAACCAAUCACUGACAAGGGGGUAAAUUGCCAUGAAUUAUUUAGAUUAAUCACGGGACAGAAUGGGAAUGCUGGAGAGUCAGUCAUGGUGCCCUUUGCCCUGGAAAAUUCAAAACUCAGAGUCCAUGCUAUUAAGAAGGUUACAUCUAAGUCAAAAAUAAAUUUUCUUUGUUGAAGACACAAAAAUUUACUAGGAGGAAUAGCCAUACUACCUACGGCUAGGUAAUAUUUUGGGAUAUUAAUUUACAUAUUUUCAUUGCUCCUUGGUUUCCUAUUUCCCCCUUCCCCUCUCAAGUAGGGGACCGACUUGGUGCUUCUUUACCUAGAGUGAGAUAUUUAACAGAAUAGAAAAAGUGUAUUUCCUGUAGUUCUUCCAGAUUUCAUUUCUCCCAGCCUUAAUAUCUUUAGAGAAAUUAUAGGAUUUAAGGAAAGAAGCAAAAGGGAAUGUGACUUGUGGGUGUAUACAAUGCCUCAGAGAAGCAGGGCCUUUCCCCUAAGACAGAGUCACGCCGGUGAAUUCUGAUGAGAGAAUAGGGUAAGGUUUGGAGCUUCCAGAGCAGGAGGGCCCAGGGCUCACUUUUUGUAAGUACAUCAGGAGGUGACAAGACUCAGGAGACCCCCAGCUACAUUGUAACGUGUAGGCAGGUGAAAGUCUGAGUGACCUCCAUGUCGCACAGUGGCAGGAAGGCAAGUGAGGCUCACCAGAUGCUAAGGUCAUGUAGACUGUGACAGCAGAACAUUUAAAAGGUAACCUAUGGAGUUAGAAGACUCAAGUUUUUGCACUGAGGGCUAGUGCCCUACCCCACCAUUAAUAGUUGAGGUAGUUUCUGAAUUUGUGGACUGAGAUGUGUAUCUGUGCCAGUUGUACAUUUUAGUUAAUUUUGUAUUCGGAUCAUAACUUUUCUUGUAUAGCUUUUGUAUUUUCCUAGAAUUUUAAAUUGCUUUUCCUUCUCUUAUUCACUUAUUUGGCCCCUUAAAUUGUCUCCACAUUUUUUAAGCAAGGAAGUAAUGUAACUUGAUUUAAAUUGUUAAGAGGUCGCUGUAGGGCUCUGUGGAAUGAGGGGGCAAUGGUGGAAGCAAGAAGACCCCCAAGGAAACCAUUGCAUAAUCCAGGCAAGAAAUGAUGGUGCCCUGGGUUAAAGUAGUAGAGUGGGGGUGAUGAGAAUGGAUGAAACUAGUAUAUAAUUUGGAGGUAAAACCACUGAAGAAUUUUAAUCAGUUAGUCCGUCAAGAAGAAUUUAUUGUGCUCUUACUAUGUUCCAGGCAUAGUGCCAGAUGCUGAAGUUAUAGUGGUGGACAAGACAGACAAGAAGCCCUUGCCUUCAAAGGGUUUGUGUUCUGGUAGGGGGAGGAGUUGGGCAAUAGACAGAAAGAAAUGAAUGAAAUAAUUUUAUACACUGGUCAAUGCCAUGGAAAAGAGAGAACGUAGUAAUGCAGUAGAAGACCAGGGAAGCUGCUUCCUUUUUUUUUUUUUAAAUUCAAUGUUAUUGAGGUAAAAUUU